AUGGCAGACGCACGUCGAGGUUUCCCCACCCAUUGUCACUGUGGCUCAACUGUCUCACGCCACACUUCGAGAACAAAGAACAAUCCAGGCCGCCUAUUCCACAGUUGUCCUUACGGCGAUGAGGUCUUUUACAAGUUCUUCAAUGUCUAA